AGAAGAAUGUUUGUUUUGAGGUAACCUUCGAUGACAGUAAAACUUAUAUGAGUUCUCUGAGUUAUCUCUUACUGUUACAAAAUGAGUUACUCCGAUUUUUUGGAACUGAUAAAGCGAAAUACCAGCAAUGAACUCGGCAAUUAUCAAGAACUGUGUCGUAUUUGUCUUGAAAAUCAUGCCAAUGGGGUUGACAUUAGCGAGAAUAGCUGUAGCUCGAUAAAGCAAAGAGAGGCCAUCCAAAACAACUACAACACCAUCACUAAACAAUAUUUGCCAACAUCAGACGAAUACCCGAAACUUGUGUGCUUGACGUGCGAGACAAGAUUGAAUCAAUUGGCGCUUUUUGCUCAGCAAAUCGAAAAAAAUGCUGAGAAUUGGGAAAUAUUUUUGGCAAGCGGACGAACGAGCACCGACGUAGCAGAUACAUUGAAAGAUUGCGGUGAUGACUGCAAACCAGUCGUAGAGAGUGAGACUAUCGAAAUCAAAAUUGAAUUCUGUGAAGGGAAAUGCGACAUUGAGCUUGAUACAGACGCGAAUAUUUACGAUGCAUUGGACGUGCCUCCCGUGAAAAUUGAGGAGAUAAACACCGAAUCCUUCAAUGACGUGCCAAAAGCAGCCAAACGUAAGCGAAAGAAAACGCGGACACUGUCUUACGCGAAUUCGAGUACCGAAUUCGAAAGGACAUGCAAACAUUGUGAUGCGCCAACGUUUUCCUCGUUGGCACGAAUGUACAGUCAUCAAAAACAGAUGCACCCGGGCAUCAAAAUUUACAGCUGUGAUCAUUGUGGUGCCACAUUUAUCAGCAAAAAUGCAGUGAUUUCGCAUAUGAACGAAAGACACGCGAGCUGUGGCAGAAAGCAUCAGUGUCAAUUUUGUGCCAAGCUCUUUUACUCUGACCGCGAGGUGAGAGGACACGAGAAACUGCAUUUGAAUGCCAGGUCUUAUGUUUGCAAUUUGUGUGGAAAAGGAUUCAACCAGAAAACACGUCUGAACGUUCAUUUACGGUCUAAGGCUCACAAUGCCAAUUAUAAGACGAUAAAACACAAGAAAUAUCCGCGGAAGAAACAGGUUUACAAAAAAACCUACCGAUGUGAACAAUGUGUGCCAGCCACUGUGCACCCGAACGCGGAUGAAUUAGCCAAUCAUCGUAAUUUGGUGCACAAAGUAUACGAGUGUAACGUAUGCAAAAAUUCGUUUUUAACCGAAAACACGCUGAACAGUCACAAGCUUCUACAUUCCACCAAGCCGAGACCUCACGUCUGUUCGGAGUGCAACGCUACAUUCAAUCAAUCCUCCCACUUAUCGUCACACUUCAAACGCAAACACACGGCCGAAAAGUCCUUCGAAUGUGCACUUUGUGAUAAUAAAGCGUUUUUCGAAAAUUUUGAGCUCAAUUCGCAUAUGAAUCUCGUGCACCGAAAACAGGAACGAGCCAAAUGCAACGAAUGUGGUUCGGAUUUCGCAUCGAACAAAUAUCUUCAGAAGCAUAUUCGGCUUCGGCACUCAACGAAAGCGUCUCCGUUCGAUUGUAAUGAUUGCGGCAAGAAGAACGAGUCUCUGGGAAAAUUGGAGCUACAUCGACUGAAAUGUCAUAAGGCGGACAAUGAAAAAUGUGAAAUUUCUGCAGAAAGUACUCUGCCAGAUGGAAGGGAGUAAAGAAAAUAAAUAUUUUUUAUUGA